CUGUGGCCUAGCGGACACGAUUCACGCACGAAGGAAAGAAGUCAUGUUCAUUGAUAAGUGGGUUGAAGAUUGGAAUGUGCGACUGUUUUAUUUAUUUAAUUUGUUAUUUUACGCGCGUAUCAGAAAAACCAUGAAACUGUUGUAGAAUAUAUUUCCUGUGAUAACAUGUAAAGUGUAUUCAUGCUUUCACAUAGAAAGUGACCGGACGGCUAUUUUUUAAAACAUACGAUGGAAAAUUCAGAAGAAAACAGUAGAAAAAUAGACAUUGAAACAAAAAAGAAGAUGGAAGCACAAUUGGAGGUGGUGAAGAGAGAACCUUUCUGGGUUUUCGGGUAUGGGUCACUUUGCUGGAACCCUGGGUUUGAAUACCAGCAGUCAGUCACCGGCUACGUGAAGGGGUUUUCGAGAAGAUUUUGGCAAGGGAACACCGUACAUCGAGGGACAGAAACCAAACCGGGGCGAGUUGCUACACUGAUAGAAGAUAAAGAGGGGAUCACCUGGGGAAAGGCGUUUUUGAUCUCAGCAGAAAACAAAGCUGCGCUACCGUACCUAUCCACGAGGGAAUGCCAGUUGGGAGGUUACAAAAUAUACACAGUCAACUUCCAUCCUCGACCGGAUUUCUUCCAGCCCAGCAGCAGUAGAAGUCAGGCGGAUAAAAGAGAUGCUCUCCUAUACAUAGCUGUUCCAGAGAACAAGCAUUGGCUCGGGGCAGCGCCUCUACCGGAUAUAGCCAAGCAGAUUCUAGAGUGCCAUGGUUCGUCCGGCUCCAAUGCUGAGUAUCUACUCAGGCUGGCAGAUUUCAUGAGAGACGAAGUUCCUGAAGCUCUGGACGAGCACUUGUUCUCUUUGGAGCGCCUUGUCAAGAAGUUUGCGGCAGAAAUGAGGAUAUGCUUGCGUUCUUUGAUGGGUGAGGCUGAACCACCUGAGGAAAACAAGCCGCCGGAAGCCAAAGCGAGUCCAAGCUACGCGUACGCCUCCAGAAUACCAGACAAGAAGCUUCGCUGUGUCAAUAUGUGAUCGGUUAGAUGUGACCUUGAGAAAUUCGGAUGCACUUUUGGAAUUAUUAUUGGACUUUUAUAAAACCAGUGUUAUAAGUGUUGUGUUAAUUAUUUCGUGAAUCGUGAUACAAAGGCCGCUUCCAAAGCCGUUAUAAGCUGCGAUGUGAUUUUUAGGUUAGUCAUUAUUUAAGCUGCAUGCAAUGGAAUUGCUCGUUGUUAUACGCUAGACAAAUUUAUUUUUAUGUUGUAUUUUUCUGUUUUAUUGUAAUAUAUGACUAGUAAUCUGAUCGACCUAAAGCUAAAGGAUCAUAUUUUUUUAAAUACGUAUAUCUUAUUGUAGCCAAACCGCGCGCUCGGGCGGACGCAUACUUAUAAAUCGGACCUAAAACCCUAUUUAUUUAGCAAAUAUCACAAAUGUUAUCGCAUUGCAAAUAUCCUACCACUUGAGAUGUCUAGUCUGUGUUCGACAUUGAUGUACUUUGAUGAUCCGACAGUAAAAUAAGAGCAUGACAGACGUGCAGAUAAUUUUACACUUAUGAUACAAGGAUGUCUUGGCUCGUG